GCAAAAGAAGGCGACAGCGACUAUUUCCCGGCGUCAUAUGCUUGCUGUGAACGCGAUGACUACAUCUUAACAGAAGCUCCAACAAAAGAAAACUAUCGGGAUUAUUGGCGAAUGGACGGCUGCAAAAUAUGCGUCUCGCUAAGUGAAAAGCUUAGUUCAUCCGACGGAAGCUUGUGCUAUCCAUACUGGCCGUCGAAAGAAGGCGAAAAAAUGGAGAUCGAGGGAAAUCGUUUUGUGAUUGAAUGCAAGAAACGGAACGAAAUGAAAGGAUUCGUGAUAUAUGACUUGCGAAUAACAAGCACAGAUCCAUCCGUUGAUGCCGUAGCGUCAAAAGGCCAGUCUAAACAAAAAGCAGAUCCGCAAGAAGAAGAAGAUGACAAAAAGUGGCGGCUAAUCACAUUCAUGCACUUUGAUGCAUGGCCGCCGGACACGUGGCCUGAUCUCGAUCUUCUUGGACCUUUCGUUCAUACAUUAUCGAAGAGGGAAGUUCAGGUAAUGCGAAAGUCGUUAGACAAUUAUAUUCCUCCUGUUGUCAUUCAGAGUGACGAUGGCCUUGGAAGGGGUCCUGUCAUAUGGGUGGCGACGAUUCUCAUGAAGGACAUAGAGAAAAAGGAAUGUUUCGAUGUGGAGGAUCUGGCGAAGAAAUGCGCAAGGCGUGUUUACGAAUGUUCUUUCACAUGUAGUCAUUUUCCA